AUGACAGGCACUACCAUAGAGUGGUUCGGCGCAACGACGUAUCGGCUUCGCACUCACGGAGUGACGAUCUUCUUGGACACCUGGCUUGACCGACCUUCUGUUUUUCCAAAGUACCUCGACGUUACCGACGUGACUGAAGCAGACUACAUAUUUAUCUCCCACGCCCACUUCGACCACCUACCCGGAGCCGAUCGCAUAGCCAUUCAGACCGGCGCUAUUGUCGUUGCGAAUUGCGAAGCAAUCAAUCUCCUUCGCCUUGCGGGUGUUCCCGAUGAACAACUUGUACCUGUGGCCGGCGGCGAGCGUAUCCCGCUCUUCACGCGUGCCGUACGAGAUCAAGCUCACCGUGACGAAGUGCCUACUGCUACAGCACUUCCAGGUCAAUCGAAGUCUCCGCAUCAUACGCUGGCAGCACUCUCUGUGCAUAUUUGGCCCUCGCUGCAUGCAUUCUUGCCCGUCCCUCACCCUGACGUGAUCGACACAAGCGAAGUAUACACGGGCGAGACUACGCCUUACGCCUGCACGCUGGACAUCACCCAUGGCAUGCGAUAUGGCCUUUUCCAGCUGGACAAGCUCGUACCGCCCGAACAUAUGAAUGAUGGGAUGCGCUCUCUGGUGGCCUACCUCAACGAUCGUAAGAAAAAUGUGAUGUCGCAUUGCGACGGAGGUCAGCUCAUGUUCAAUUUCAUCAUCGGAGGCAAUGGUCUGCUCUGGAGUGCUCAUCUGGGAGCGUAUGAAGGAAUCGUCUCCAAAAUUGAGCCGAAACCGAAGAUUGCGAUACUGGGCAUCGCUGGACGGGCUAACCUCGACGGAAGGCCUUUCGAUGGAUCUGCUGCGCAAUUCGCCCUGAAGCAAAUUCAUUGGCUCGAUCAGCCAGAGACUGUCAUUUGGUGCCUCCAUGAUGAGAGGUACGUUGGGUUCGCGGUACUAAAAAGUAUGCGUAAGACUAACCGUUCCACAGUUGCGUUGCCCCUUACAGAAUCGACGUCACAGGAGCUACAAAGAGUGUUGAGGCUGGGAGCACCUCCAAAAUAA